AUGCUCAUGCUCAAGUCGCUCUCGGUGCUCAUCGUGGCUGCCUCGGCUGCGCACGCCCUCCAGUCCCCGGCGUACGUUGCCUCCUAUCGGUGACGUGCACCGCUUACCCCCGCCCUACUACCGUGACUGACCCACUCAUCUAUACGUACCAUUGUAUGCUUCCUUACACGUCCCAGUUCGGCCUCCAACCUCGGCGAACGCGGUCUUACGGACGGAAUUACCAAACCCAUUACGGACAUCGUCAGCAACGCUCCCCUCCUCGGCGGUCUCUUCGGCGGCGGCGUCAAAUCUCCCACGGACAAGGUCAAGCGAGGGCUCGACAACGUCGUUCCCGUUUCCAACUCUGCCAUUCCCGUUGAGAGCCUCUCGGACACUGAGUCUGCACUCAACGACGUCACACUCGAUCACAACGCCGCCACACCUGACACCGGUGCUUCUGGACUUCCCGGUGUUGGUGGUGUCUUUCCGGACGCCGGACUCGAGUCUCUUAUUUCCGGUCUUCACAAGCGUCAAAAACAGACCCACGCAGACUUGAACGUCGAUUUCGACGCUGAGCUUGACCUGGUCCGCCGCAACCAUGGCAAAGCUUCCGGGAUCAAGUCUAAGGUCAACGACGCCAAACCCGCCAAACCCGCGACCUUUGUCAAGAAGAGCAAGUAAGUCUCUUUACUCUCUUCACCAUUAUUCCUCGGCUACGAAUUCACUUUUAUUGAUGACUGGGUCUUUCCAUGAGUCUAGGAAGCACCCCAAGAUGGCCGACAAGGAGCAUCACAAGAAGCACGACAAGGAGCACAAGGAGCACAAGAAGCACCACCCCGUCGCUUGA